AUGAUAGUUCAGAUUCAAAACGAUGAAGUUGUCAAGAUUGAAGUAGAUCCCCUUUUCUCUGAACAAAAGAAGAUUAAAAGAAGUAAGCUGAGACAAAAAGGAGAUAAAAAUUAUUUCUGUGGAAAAUGUGAUUAUGUGGCAACUAAAUCCAGUCAUUUGAAGACACAUACUCAGAGUAAACAUGACGGAGUGAGAAGUAAUGAAGGAGUGAGAUAUCCCAGUUCUCAUUGUGAAUACGUUGCCACUCAAGCAGGUGACUUAAAGAUUCAUAUUGAAAAUAAACAUGAAAGGGUAAGAUAUCCAUGCGAACAGUGUGAAUACACUACCACUACAACAGAAAGUCUGAAGAGACAUAUUGAAUCUAAACAUGAAGGAGUAAGAUAUCCAUGCGAUCAGUGUGAGUACGCUGCCACUCAGGCAUGUAAUCUGAAGAUACAUAUUAAAAAUAAACAUGAAGGAAUAAAAUAUCCUUGUUCUCAUUGUGAAUACGCUGCCACUUCAACAAGUAGUCUCAAGAUACAAAUUGAAUCUAAACAUGAUGGAGUAAGAUAUCCGUGCAAUCAAUGUGAGUACGCUGCUACUAGAUCAGGUGUUCUGAAGAAACAUAUUGAAUCUAAACACGAAAGAGUGAGAUAUCCCUGUGAUCAAUGUGAGUACGCUGCAAGUACACCAAGUAGUCUGAAGUUCCAUAUUGAAUCUAAACAUGAAGGAAUAAGAUAUCCUUGUUCUCAUUGCGAAUACGCUGCCACUACAGCAAGUAGUCUGAAGAUACACUUUGAAUCUAAACAUGAAGGAGUAAGAUAUCCAUGCAAUCAAUGUGAAUACGCUGCCACUACAGCAAGAUAUCUGAAGAUACAUAUUGAAAUUAAACAUGAGAGGGUGAGAUAUCUAUGCGACCAAUGUGAUCACGCUGCCACUACAGCAAGAUAUCUGAAGGAACAUAUUGAAAAUAAACAUGAAGGAGUGAGAUAUCCAUGCGACCAAUGUGAUCACGCUGCCACCACAGCAAGAUCUUUGAAGAUACAUAUUGAAAAUAAACAUGAGAGGGUGAGAUAUCUAUGCGACCAAUUUGAUCACGCUGCAAGAUGUCUGAAGAGACAUAUUGAAUCUAAACAUGAAGGAGUGAGAUAUCCAUGCGAUCAAUGCGACUAUUCUGCAACAACAGCAGGUAUUCUGAUGAAACAUACUGAAAAUGAACAUGAAGGAGUGAGAUACCCAUGCGAUCAAUGCGAGUACGCUGCCACUAGGGCAGGUAGUCUGGAGAAACAUAUUAAAAAUAUUCAUGAAGGAGUAAGAUAUCCCUGUGAUCAAUCCCUAACUCUUACACAUCCUUACACCUUAAUUUGUGAAGACUGAAUUUGUUGCAAUGGGGAAAAGGGAGACUUCUCCCUCCCCUCUCUAGUUAUUAAA